CCAACCGACAGCGGAAAUGGCUACGUUUAGUGAUCGACUCAAAAGCAUCCAGCCUCUCCUGUUUUCUCUUUAGUUUUCAAUUUACUUGUCAUGGAAGUGCGCUUUCAUUCAGUGAAACAAAUAUAUGCUAGCGCAAUAGAUUUUUUUCCGUUAACUCUAUCUCAAAACAGCACAAAAUACAGCGAAUAUCACAUUGCUUGUCCCUAUGUUGCGAUAAAACAUGUUAUUACUUUUUUCUUUGCUAAUUUUAGGGGCUAAAAAGUCUCCUGUACGACUGUUCAUUACUAAACGAUUUUAUUUUGAACGUUUUUAACGGAAAUGCAAAAAGCUACGUUGGCUAACUUGACGUCGGUCCGCUAACUUCUGUGUGGUCAGCCAACCGAAGCAUGAGGUCCAUUGACUGUCCAUUUUUUAUCUGUACCGUUAAAUGAUGAAAAUGUCGUGUCGCUUGGGAUGAUAUGGUCGGUAUUUGUUGUUUCAUUUCAUACCAGUCUUUUGAAACGGAAACACUAGCGAACUCUUAUCCCUCGCCUCCUCCUCGACCAGCGUCCUGUGAACACCGCUAGCUAUGAUGUGAUUGUGAAGAACUGACGUCGAGGGAAGUUAUAAUUGACAUUAUCAUAGCUGAAUGGCUAAAACACCGGUCUGCCACCAUUUAACGCAUGAAUGCUAUUAUUUCGAUAGACAUUUUUAGCUCCGCGUCGGGAGGAACCGCUGUAUUUUCGUGGCGGAAAUAGCCGAAGAGACCGCAUCUACAGCACUGUAGUUCACAUCCGAGAAAGAUGUCCUUCUUCAAUUUUCGCAAGAUAUUCAAGUUAGGGCCCGACAAGAAAAAGAAGCAGUAUGAACAUGUACACAGAGACGUUAACCCGGAGGAAAUUUGGGAGAUUAUUGGGGAACUGGGGGAUGGAGCGUUUGGUAAAGUGUACAAGGCUCAGAACAAACAGAAUGGGACCCUCGCUGCUGCCAAGGUUAUUGACACAAAGACAGAGGAUGAAUUGGAGGAUUACAUGGUAGAGAUUGACAUUCUGGCCUCCUGCAACCACCAUCACAUUGUCAAACUUCUUGAUGCCUUUUAUUUUGAAGGCAAGCUUUGGAUUCUGAUUGAGUUCUGUGCGGGUGGUGCAGUGGAUGCCAUCAUGCUGGAACUAGAGAGACCCCUGACAGAGCCCCAGAUCCGUGUGGUGUGUAAGCAGACCUUGGAGGCCUUGUCUUACCUCCAUGAGAACAAGGUCAUCCACAGAGACUUGAAAGCCGGGAACAUUCUCCUCUCCCUGGAUGGAGAUGUGAAACUGGCUGACUUCGGGGUGUCUGCUAAAAAUACCAAGACAUUACAGAGAAGAGAUUCUUUCAUUGGCACUCCGUACUGGAUGGCCCCAGAGGUGGUAAUGUGCGAAACAUCCAAGGACCGUCCGUACGACUACAAGGCCGAUAUCUGGUCUCUCGGGGUAACCCUGAUAGAGUUGGCGCAGAUCGAGCCACCCAAUCACGAGAUGAAUCCCAUGAGAGUGCUGCUGAAAAUAGCCAAGUCCGAGCCGCCCACUCUCAUGCAUCCCUCUCGCUGGUCACCAGAAUUCAACGACUUUCUGCGGAAAGCACUUGAUAAGAAUGUGGACAAUAGGUGGGGCUCAGUACAGCUUCUACAGCAUCCCUUUGUCACCAGUGUAACCAAUAGCAGACCUCUUAGAGAACUCAUAGCUGAGGCCAAAGCUGAGGUCACAGAGGAGAUCGAGGAUAGCAAAGAGGAAGAGGAGGAAGAAGAGCCUGAUACACCUCUCGCUGUUCCUGGGCACAAGCGAGCACCAUCAGAUGCUAGUGUUGCCAGCUCAGAGGAUGACAAAGUCCCACCAACUCCCUCCACGCUGGAAUCUGUUACAGAAAAGAUAGAGGCAGAGCCUGCAGAGGACCGGGUCAGCGAUAAGCUCUCUGAUGAAGGACUUGGAACAAGUGAGGUCGACAAGACUGAGGAGGAGAAACUCAAUGAGGUGUCUGACGCCAGUAAUGAAGACCUGGCCUCUGGGCUAAUAGAGCCCACCAAGGAGUCUGUCUCACAAGAUCCUACACAGGUUAAACCAGAAGAUGGUCGAGGCAAAGAGACUCCUGCUGAGCCUGUAGAUGCCCAAGAACUUGCCACAGAUGGUCAUGAAACCGAGGAGGACGAGGAGACACAAGAAGAGAAAACAAAGGAUGAACCUACCCAAGAAAGAGAAGAAGAAAUAAAGCCUCAUGAUGUGAAAGACAAAGAAGAAGAAAAAGAAGUAGGUACAGAGGAAUCCAGGGAAUCACAAGAGCAACCUGAAGAUGCACAACAGGAAGCAGAAUCUAUAUCAGGAGAAGUAGGACAGGUAGUAGAAAAAAGCAAAGAACCAGGUGAGGAGAUACCUCAGCACAAAGUGACGGAGGACAGAAUAAUAGACACAGCUAAUGGCACAGAUGUAAAUAUAAACACAGAGAAUAUCGAAUCAAAUGUAAUGGGCACAAACAUAAAUGGAGAGGCAGACACAAAGUCCAGUGUGGAUGAGUCUUCCACUGAUGUUGUGUUGGAGAAGGAGAUCAUGGAAAGUCAGCCAGAGGAAAAGCCUGAGGUUGAGGCCGCAGCAGAGACAGAGCAGCCUGAGCAAGAGAAACAGACCAGAGAGGAGGGUGAACCGGAGAAACAGGCACCAACUGAAUCCACAAAUGGAGUCAGUGAUGAGGUCAAAGACACCUCUGAGGAUUCAGAACAAGUGUUGCCAUCCAAAGAAGUCCCUGUGAAGGAAGAUGAAGAGAAAGCUACCCGUGCCGAUGAGAGCACUUCCCAAGAUGCCGUCUCUGUCCCAGAGAGUGAAACUGAUUCUGAAACCAAGAUGGAGCAAGGAAGCCCUGCUGUGAUCAAGCCAGAUGUGGAGAAGGACUCUGACUCUGGAAGCAGCUCUGCUGCUGAUAGCAACAGCCUUGACCUCAAUCUGUCCAUCUCCAGCUUCCUGUCCAAGAGCAAAGAAGGAGGCUCUAUUUCCAUGCAGGAGUCAAAACGUCAGAAAAAGACUCUGAAGAAGACACGUAAGUUCAUGGUGGAUGGCGUGGAGGUCAGCGUGACGACAUCGAAGAUAGUGACAGAUAACGACACCAAGAGUGAGGAGAUGAGGUUCCUGAGGCGGCAGGAGCUGAGAGAGCUGCGCCUGCUGCAGAAAGAGGAGCAGAGGGCGCAGCAGCAGCUGAGCAACAAGCUGCAGCAGCAGAGAGAGCAGAUCUACCGGCGCUUUGAACAGGAAACUACUGCUAAGAAGCGGCAGUAUGACCAAGAGGUGGAAAAUCUUGAGAAGAAGCAGAAGCAGACCAUCGAGCGACUGGAACAGGAUCACACCAGCCGGCUCCGAGACGAAGCCAAACGCAUCAAAGCAGAUCAAGACAAGGAGCUCUCCAAGUUCCAAAACAUGCUGAAAAACCGCAAGAAAGAGGUCAAACAGGAAGUUGGACAGUCACCCAAACACAUGAGAAAAGAGCUCAUGAAACGCUUAAAGGAGGACCUAUCGCUCCUUAAGACUGCAGAGGCAGUGGCCCAGGUUAUGAUACAGUCUUUUCAGUUGUCCUCAUGCGCACUCUUCAACGCUCAGAUGCAGGAUGAGCAGGAAUUCCUACAGAAGCAACAGCAAGACCUGGACGGAGCUCUAAAGAAGAUCAUACAGCAGCAUAAACUGGAGAUCGCCACUAUCGAGAGAGACUGCCUCAACCACAAGCAGCAGCUGAUGAGAGCUCGAGAGGCAGCCAUGUGGGAGUUGGAGGAGCGCCACCUGCAGGAGAAGCACCAGCAGCUGAAGCAGCAGCUGAAAGACCAGUACUUCCUGCAAAGACACCAGCUGCUGAAGAGGCACGAGAAGGAGAUGGAGCAGAUGCAGCGCUACAACCAGCGGCUGAUAGAGGAGAUGAAGAACAAACAGACUCAAGAGAGGGUCCGUCUGCCCAAGAUCCAGCGCAGCGAGGCCAAGACCCGCAUGGCCAUGUUCAAGAAAAGCCUCCGCAUCACCGCCACGGCAGCAGUCACCCCAGAGCAGGAGAGAGAGCGGAUAAAACAGUUCGCUUCCCAGGAAGAGAAGCGGCAGAAGAACGAGAGGCUCCAUCAACACCAGAAACACGAGAACCAGAUGAGAGAUCUUCAGCUGCAGUGCGACUCCAACAUCAGGGAGCUGCAGCAGCUGCAGAAUGAGAAAUGCCACCUUCUGAUUGAACACGAGACCCAAAAGCUGAAGGAGCUGGAUGAGGAGCACAGCCAAGAGAUAAAGGAGUGGAGAGAGAAGCUCAGACCCAGGAAGAAGGCAUUAGAGGAGGAGUUCACACGGAAGCUCCAGGAGCAGGAGGUCUUCUUCAAGAUGAGUGGUGAAUCCGAAUGCCUUAACCCCACCACCCAGAGUCGAGUAUCCAAAUUUUACCCCAUCCCAAACCUGCACAACUCUGGUUUAUAGCCUCGCAUUCCCCAUCCGUGCUGCAGGAACAGACUACCCGUCAAACUCGGCUGCACUCAUGAAACGCUUUCCGAGCAGAGCGACAUCAUUUCUCUGACCAUUACCGAUAAAACGUGAAAAUGUCUUCACUGCUUUGAUUCCACCAUUAGUGAGCAUGACGUGCCUACACACGCACUUAAAUCAGUUUUUUUUCUCAGCUUGUUGGGAAAUCGUCCGACGGAUAAUAUGCACUUUUUUGAGCAUGUUCGAAAUUGAAAAGUCUGCAGUCGGUAGCUAAGGCCAAUCAUGCUUAUCAGAUUAUUGUAAGCACAGCCUGCUACAAUUUGAAUGGUCUCCAGUGCCUCGUGUUCUUUUUUCCUGCAUUUAGGCACUUCCCUGUGUUCUUUACAGCUUGCAGUAAAUAGAAGCGCACUUGUUGUUGCACCUAAAUAGCUGGUUAUUGUCCACCCAUAAUCACAAAAUGUAGAAAUGUGAUGAAGCCAACUCUGAGAUCUCGUUUUUCUGCAUGGAAGGUAAAGCUGGUUGAAACUGAGAUAUAUUGACGAGUCAGUGGAUUUUGUUAUGGCUGUGUAGUCAAUGUCUGUUACCGUCAUGAGUCAGAAACAUGUUGGGAUCAUAAGGCUGUGAGUUAAAGAAAUGUACUGUGUUGUAAAUGAGUGAAACGUUACAUGUCUGUACCUAUGAAGUUUAUCAGAUACUGGCCUUAUCAAGAGGAUUUUACAGUCUUCAGAGAUGAACAAAAGUAGAACUAUUGCUUUAGCAUAUAAUUUCAGUACCGCACUCCUGAAACACACAUUCUCCUCUUUAACUUAAACACAGAGGUGACCUGUUCCCUGCUGGAGAAUGCUGAAAUCUUUUUUUAUAUAUGAAAUAAAUCACUUUACCUUCUGGGAGUUACUUUGAGCAGUGUUGUGGAGGAUGAACACGAAUGGAUACUAAAGGAAUGUAAAGCUGUUGAUUUGCACUGUUUUGCCACAUGAGCUAAAGAAAAAAAUAUAUGCAGUAGUAAAACUGUCAAUGUAUGUUUGACAGCAAGUCACCUUUGUCUCACCCAAGCCUAUUCAAACUCCAAACUGACUGAAUUGUUUGAACAUUUCUGCCUGCCUUUUUUAAAAAUAUAAUUUUACCUUUUUUCUCAAAUACAUCCUUAGUAUUUUAUGACCACAUCUAGUUUUCUAAACACAUAUUCCUGAUAUAUCGAUGCUGUAAUCGCUCUUUAUGGUGAGCUUUUGCUCUUGUUGAGACCAGUGUUGUAUGAAAGGUAUAAUGCUGUAUCUGUAACUGUAUGAAUUUCAGUGUCCAAGAAGACGUCCUUCGCUGUAUUUUACGAGCAAAGCAUUGACGGUUCACAAAAAAAAGAGACCUAAUCCAAGAUACCUGAUUGGUUUAUUUUGCCACUGCAUAUCAUCAGUGCAUGUUAGAAUUUCUGUAUGCUGACAUCAUCAUUGACAAGUGUUUUGUCAUGAAUGCUGGAUUUUUAUUGGGGUUAUUGGAGACUGUGUCUUGUGAAUUACACCAUACGCCCCAUAGAUUUGAAAUAUUUUUUUAUUUUGUUAAGUUACAGCAUUUUAAGGUGCCGUUCAGUUGUCAUUCUACCACAAUGGAUAUUCUUAGUAUAUGCAUUUUUGAUGUCAGAUCAAAUGUAUUUAAAGUGUCUUUACAAAAAUUGACAUUUUUUUUGUUGUAAAUAAAAUAUUGACUGUU